GACCCAUUCACUGUCGAGCUGAAUGUUUCCAUUUAAGGCGCAUUCAUGUCGGCUGCCUCCUGUCUCUGGGGGGCGUUCUGUUCGGCUGAAGCUGCGAUCUCAGUCCACUAGCACGACCCGCUAUAUAAACCGCAGCCCAGAACACACAGCAUCUGCAGAGAUCACGGGUUAACAUGUCGAGCAGAAAGACCAAAAAGAAGGAAGGGGGCGCCAAGCGAGCUCAGAGAGCUUCGUCCAAUGUCUUUUCCAGCUUUGAGCAGACUCAGAUUCAGGAAUUCAAGGAAGCUUUCACUUUGAUCGAUCAGAACAGAGAUGGCUUCAUCGACAAAGAGGAUCUGAAAGACACGUAUGCAUCCUUGGGCAAACUCAAUGUAAAAGAUGAUGAAUUAGAAUCCAUGCUACGUGAAGCCACUGGUCCAAUUAACUUCACCAUGUUUUUAAAUCUAUUUGGAGCGAAGUUACAUGGUUCUGAUCCUGAAGAAGUGUUGGUAAAUGCAUUUAAAUUGUUUGAUCCUGAUGCCAAAGGACACAUCAGCAAAGAUGAACUGAGACAUAUGCUCAUGACACAAGCUGACAAAUUCACUGCUGCAGAGGCCGACCAGAUGUUUCAGUCCUCUCCCAUUGAUCCAGCAGGCAACUUGGAUUACAAAUCUCUCUGCUACAUCAUCACACACGGCGAAGAAAAGGAAGAGUGAAUGGAACCUAUGCUAGUUACCCAGGCUACUCAGAUCUUUGCAUUUCUCCUUAGUAUCAAGUUGCAUCAACAGUAAAUAAAACCACAUUGUAAAUAGAUAAUGCUUCUUGCGGUUUCUGCUAACCCCAACCCCCUGACCUCAGUGCAAAUACAGUUUAAUGACCUGUUUGUAUUGUGUAUAUAUA